AGCAUUUCCAGUCAACAAAACAUACUGGUUUCUCAUAUAGCGAGUGACACGCAUAAACAUACAGAUACGUUGAGCCGUGAGAGUAUAAUCUGGAAAUGGCAAGCCCAAGAGCGUUAGGGACUGCUUUCCUGAUCUUGCUUAUUGCAGACAUCGCCUUCGCUGCUAGGACACUGCAGUCAAUUAGUGGAGGCGGAGGUGGAGGGCAGGGAGGAGGUGGUGGUGGUGGAUCUGGAUCAGGACUUGGGUCAGGUUAUGGUUCUGGGUCUGGAUCCGGGAGCGGUGAAGGAUAUGGUGCUGGUGGUCGUGGAGGAGGCGGGGGCGGGGGAAGUGGCGGAGGCGGAGGUGGUGGCAGCGGCGGAGGCAACGGGUCAGGUUCUGGCUAUGGGUCUGGUAGCGGCUCAGGCUAUGGUUCUGGUAGUGGGAUAGGUGGCGGCAAAGUCUUUAUGGCUCUAAAAGAUGGGCACAGGUCACCGAAUUUACUUUCCUGGAAGUUACUGCUGAAUGAUGAUCCAAAUGCCGAUGCCAUCAUGUCUUCAAGAAUUCGUCCUGGGAUUGCGAGAAGGGAUUUGCGUGAGGAUGAUAUCAGGGUGUACGAGCUUUAUACGGAUUCACUAAUAAUUAAUAAGAACCAAAGGGAAGGAGAAUGA